AUGCCGGGCGGCGCGGGGAGGGGGGCGCGGGCGGGCGCGGCGGCGGAGGGCGGAGGGCAGGGCGGCCGGGGCCCUCCCUCCCUGCCUUCCCUCCGGCCUCUCCGCUCGGCCCCCGCGCUCCAGUGGCCGCCGCCGCCGCUGCCUCGGCCCGGGGCCGGCGUUCAGGCCCAGGCGCUGCCGCCGCGGGCGGACGCGGCUCCCGCUGUCCCUCGGCCGCCGCCGCCGCCGCCGCAGCGCUACGUGGCCGCCGCCGCAGCCGCCGCCGGUCCUCGCGGGGGCGCGCGCGCGCGGGUUUCGGUGGUGGUGGUGGGGGGGGGGAAAUGGCGGGGGCGCGCCCCGUGCCCGGACCGGUGCGCGGCGGGAGCGCGCGCGCGGGUGGCGUGUAGGGGGGUGGAGAGCGCGCCCGCGCGGCGGGAGCGCGCGCGGGCCGAGUCGGAGGUUGAAGGGCCGGGAAGGUUUUGGGGGGGAGUGUGCGAGUGCGCGUGUGCGGAGGCGGGGAGGGAACAGACCGUGAUGUGGGGCGAGAGGGGGGGGAAACACCCCGCACCGUAGGCCGAGGGCAGCGGGGACAGCAGGAUUCUCAGGAAACUCCUCCUGGAGCAGCUCUGGCUCUGCCUCAUCAAGAGGAUCUCAGAAAACCUCCUGGAGCAGCUCUGGAUUUGUCUCAUCCCCAUUCCUGACAGGAAUCUCAGGAAAUUCCUCCUGGAGCAGCUCUGGGCUCCUCAUCCCCAUUCCUGACAGGAGGAUCCUUGGGAAACCUGGAGCAGCUUUGGAUUUGCCUCAUCCCCAUUCCUGACAGGAGGAUCCUUGGGAAACCUGGAGCAGCUUUGGAUUUGCCUCAUCCCCAUUCCUGACAGGAUCCUGGAGCAACGGGAGAGGAAGCAGAAGGGGAACAAAGGGAUUUUCCUGCUGGCUUCUGCCACAGGAAGCCCUGGGAGGCUUUGAGGCCGUGUCACUGCAGAGGAGAAGUUCCAGCAGAGGAAAUUCCUGUUCCCUUUCCCAGUGUAAAAGCACAAUUAAAAGAUUAAUUGCCCCCAGGCAGCAGAGCUCACACCCAGCAGCAUCUCCUGGUGCUGGGCAGCUCCGUCUGGGGUGGUUCCUUCUCAUGGCUGCCAUCAGAGCCAGCAGCCCCUGCACAAAAAACACCAAAAAAAUUAAAUUCCCCUCUGGCUAGCCUUG